GUGUGCAACAGCAAACCUAACCAGUGAAGUACAACUUUCCAUUCAGGUUGCAGAAAUGAACAGCUGCCGAGGAAAGGUUACAGGCUGAAAAAAGAAGAGAUUUGGACUUUGUGAACCGAACCAAAGGAUUUGAAAAGUGGCAGUGUGAUCUAGUUCUAGCAGGAGCUAUUUCAGCCAGGAAGACAAAGGAUAACAAAAAGAAGAAGACACAAAAAAAAGGACUCAGAGGAAGAGGGUACUGCUUUUUCAGAGGAUUGUUGAGCUCCCUUGGAUUUCUUAUUUUUGAUCUCCUGAUCUAAGCGUACAGGAGGAGACAAGCGCUGCAAGGAUGAAGUACAACUACCAUGUACCAGUGUCAACAUACACACGCAGUUCACAGUACACACCAACGUACCACACUCCUUCCUACUGCACACCAUCGUACCACACUCCUUCCUACUGCAGCCCCUCACAUUACACACCAACAUAUGCCUCGGUGUCGAAGCACACGCCGUCAACGUACAGCACAUAUUACACCCCGUCACACUACACACCCACUUACAAAGCUGCAUCGACAUACACUCCUUCAUACAGCAAAGUUUCCCGGUACAGCUCAACACAAUAUGCACAACCGAAGGAAAGUCCCGCACCUGUGACACCUGUGAAGAGAGCCGUGCACUUCCCGAAUGACAUCAUCUUCCAGGAUAUUGUUAGACGCGGAGAUCUGGAACAGAUCGGACGAUUCAUGAGAGCAAGGAAGGUCCGCAUAGAUACACUUUUCCACUCAGGAAUGGCUGCACUACAUGAAGCCGUGCUAACAGGAAACCUGGAGGUGGUUAAGCUGUUGGUGAAAUAUGGUGCUGAUGUCCAUCAGAGAGACGAGGACGGCUGGACGCCUCUGCACAUGGCUUGUAGUGAUGGCUACCCAGAGAUUGCAAGGUAUCUGCUGACAAUGGGAGCAAGCACAGAGGCCGAAAAUGAAAGCGGCGAGAAACCUGUUGACCUAAUUGACCCGGACUGCAAAGAGCUGGUGAAGCUGUUCGAGACGGGCUGUGUGUGAUCUGGCACCGAUUGCACAGACGACAACCAUUAACACUUUAGAAAUAAAAAGAGUUACCAACGAGGGAAGGUUGGUAAAACAAUACAGGGCACACCUAAAUGAACAGAAGAGCAUUCGAUGUGCAGCUCGUCCCAUGUCACUAAUCACUGGAGGCAAAACUGUGUUUGAUACUUUAAAUGUGAAACUCAGACUCCUUGAAGAUAAUUAUUUUUAGACUACAGCCUUCAUGAAAUGCUUUUUCAAUCUGCAUAUGGUGAUAAAUAUAUUUAUGAUUAAGUUAGAAGUUAUUUUUUGCAUUUAUACAUUUGUAAUACUAACAGUGUCAGUGAUGAAAAUAUUAUUCUGCAACAAUCUGUCAUGUUAAACUAUACAUGUCACAAGAAUCAAAUGCCAUUUUUAAUUGUAUUUUAAUCCAGGUUUGGGUUCCGUUCUGGAGAACAUUUUCUUUUAUUACUGUAAUACAUUACAGUUACAGAUACAAUUACAAAUCAACUUAAAUCAUAUCAGUUGUAUUGGUGUUGGACUGUCCCUUUUUAUGCACACUUCAUGUUUCCAAACUAUGGAUACAGUUUGAAUUCACAGAAUUUGGACCGAGAUUGUUGUGUUUUAUACAGAAUGAUGCGUCCUCACUGCUGGGCAGAAAGAGGAUCGUGCAAAUCAUUAAAACACAAAUACAAAAUGUUGCAGAGAAAAGCUUAUUUUUGAUGUUAAAGCUCCUUUACUGCUGCACCUUUUACCCUACUGUUAUAUUGUUUGCUGUAGUAAAAAUACAAAUGUUAUCAAAGUCUUAUUGUUUUCUGUACAACUAUUAAUUUUGUACAUUUUCAUAAAUAAAGACAUUUUUUAUAA